UCUGCUUCCUGUUGUACGUCGCGGAUGUGGCCAAGGUGAAGGUGACAAUGCAAGGGAUGAAUGCGGAGGAUGAGGCGGGUGGGAACACGUGGUGUACGCCGGGUAUGACGGAUGUCGCUUCGUUGCGGCUGGAUGCUCCUGACAUGCGUUCUAACGAAAUCUUCCGUCUUGCUCUCAUCCUUAUGCCAUGUAGUCAUGCGUCUGUGGGUUCUGCCGUGCGAGCUCACCAGGCCGCUUUGCGCUACUUGGAACAGCGGCUACGUGCGGAUGGGCGAUUUGACUGCUCUUUGCAUGCUUCCUGCUUUGGGAUGGUGCUAUUCCGCUGGCUUACGCUCGCGGAUGAAGAGACGGCGGGCCUCAUGCAACGGUGGAGCGACGUUAUUGCCUCGUCUUCCGCAAUGAACGAAGCCGGAGGCCACCGCUACCCGCACCGUGUCUCGCUAGGCCUCACGCAGGUCCAGCGGCGGGUUUACAUCUGCGUUGCUCUUGCCGCAGACGGUGAUGAUGGUGAUGCGUGUGUGAGCCGGUGUGACGUGGACGCGCUUGUGGAUUUGCUGAAAAAAGCUGCCGAUGAGUGGAGCGACAUGUCGUCCUCCGUGACGUCCGCGAUAUCAUCGAAAUCGAAAACAUGA